GCACUCUGUGGAGUUUGACCCGUGAGCCCUGAUAGUGAAAAUAAUGCACUUCUUACCAGGGCCCCGGGAGGCUGAAAGAGUAACUUUGGGCGAUUAGUUUAACUUUGACUGUAAAUAUUCCUUCUCAUCCCUUGUGACGCUGGUAACGGCUCCUCUGGCAAAUCCCGAUUCUCUGGCAAUAUUUAAGCUGCCUGUCAGUUGGCAGAGGCUUGGUGGUGCCCGGCGCAGGGGACAGAAUGAGACCCAGCUGAGGGAGAUAUAUGCAUCUAGACAAAGGAGCUCUCAGCCUGCUUCAGAAGCCAUGGAGCCCACCAGCAGCAUUCCGUCCUCUGUGACCCCCUCGUGGGAUGUGUUUCCCCAGAAGACGCUGGACUCCAUAGACAUUGCUGUUCUCGUGCUUUACUUUGUAUUUGUCCUCGUGGUUGGUCUGUGGUCCAUGUGGAAGACUCAGCGCAGCACUGUAAAAGGCUACUUUCUAGCUGGAGGACAGAUGGUUUGGUGGCCUGUGGGUGCGUCCCUGUUUGCCAGCAAUGUUGGAAGUGGCCACUUCAUCGGCCUGGCUGGAUCGGGAGCUGCCUCGGGAAUUGCCGCAACAGCCUACGAGUGGAAUGGGAUGUUUUGUGUCCUGGUACUGGCCUGGCUCUUCCUCCCGAUAUACAUAGCAGCAGGAGUUACUACCAUGCCCGAGUACCUGCGGAGGCGUUUUGGAGGCAAAAGAAUUCAGGUGUUCCUGGCGAUUCUCUACUUGUUCAUCUACAUUUUCACCAAAAUAUCAGUUGACAUGUACGCUGGGGCGCUCUUCAUUCAGCAAGCCUUGCACUGGGACCUCUACAUCGCUGUGGUGGGCUUGCUGGCAAUCACGGCCGUUUACACUGUGGCGGGUGGCCUGGCAGCUGUGAUCUACACGGAUGCUCUGCAAACUUUCAUCAUGCUGAUUGGGGCCGUGACUCUCAUGGUCUUCAGUUUUGUUGAAGUUGGCGGUCUUGAAGGUUUGCAGACAAAAUACUUUGAUGCUAUUCCCAGCACCCGCAAGGCAAACAGCAGCUGCGGCUUGCCGAGAGAAGAUGCUUUUCACAUUUUCCGAGACCCUGUUAACUCUGACCUUCCCUGGCCGGGAGUUUUGGUAGGAAUGACCAUCCCGUCCCUGUGGUACUGGUGUACAGAUCAGGUCAUUGUGCAAAGGUCCCUUGCUGCUAAAACCCUCUCUCAUGCCAAGGGAGGCUCCUUGAUGACCUCCUACUUGAAAAUUCUGCCCCUUUUUAUGAUGGUAAUGCCAGGCAUGAUCAGUCGGAUUCUCUUCCCAGAUCUGGUGGCUUGUGCAGAUGCGGAAAUCUGCCAGAAAAUCUGUGGCAACCCCUCCGGCUGCUCUGACAUUGCUUAUCCCAAGCUGGUCAUCGAACUUCUGCCUGUGGGACUCAGGGGCCUGAUGAUGUCAGUGAUGAUAGCAGCUCUCAUGUCCUCCCUGACUUCCAUCUUUAAUAGUGCCAGCACCAUUUUCACCAUGGACCUCUGGAAACACUUCCGUCCUCGUUGCUCCGAGUGGGAACUGAUGAUCGUUGGCAGGGUCUUUGUGCUGCUGCUGACUGUGGUUUCCAUUCUGUGGAUCCCGCUGGUGCAGGCUGGCCAGGGAGGGCAGCUCUUUAUUUACAUCCAGUCCAUCAGCUCCUACCUGCAGCCCCCGGUGGCAAUGGUCUUCAUCCUGGGUUGCUUCUGGAAAAGAGCAAAUGAGAAGGGUGCGUUUUGGGGCCUGGUGAUUGGGCUGUUGUUGGGUGUCAUUCGGCUGGUGCUGGACUUCAUCUACCCCGAGCCCCAGUGUGGCCAGGACGACCUCCGCCCCGGUGUGGUGAAGUACAUGCACUACCUCUACUUCUCCAUGGUCCUGGCUGCUGUCUCCACGCUGACGGUGCUGGUGGUCAGCAUGCUCACGGAACCCCCCUCAGAAGAAAUGAUAAGUCGGCUUACCUGGUUCACACGUGGGGAUCUGCCAGCCAAGACAGAGCUCGCAGUCAGCCCUGACGCUGCAAAAGGAGUGUGUGAAGCUGAGCGCCCAGCUCUCCAGAUUGAUAUAAGCAUUGCUUCUGAAACUAGUUCAAAUGAUAAUAAAUGUGCAGCCAACACCAAAGGGAACUCCAAGCUGAUGACAGCCUUUCUGUGGCUCUGCGGGAUGCAGCGCAAACAGGAGAACACCGAGAACAUGUCGAUGACUAAACCGGAGCCGCUUCCCGUGGCUUCCCUGGAGGAGAAACCACUAGUGAAACACAUCCUGAACAUCAACUUGCUGCUAUGCGUGUGCGCGGGGCUCUUCCUCUGGGCCUACUUUGCAUAGCGGUUGGCUAUUCGCUUGCAGAUGCCAUCAACUAAUUUUAAUUGGUGUAAAUAAUAAUAAUUAGCAGAGGGUUAAUGUAAUUCUUAAUGCUUUCUAAAUGUUAUUUCUUUAUUUAAGAAGAAGACAGACCCUGCUCCCUUGUCCUUUCCUUAUUUCUAACUGGGCCUGGGGUGGAAGGGGAUAAGUGCUGGCAC